AAGAUGGCGCAUGCGUUGAAUUUUCUUGAGGGACAAGGCUCGACAGUGGCGAAUGGUGGUGGUUGCGCUGUUGGAGGAGGAGGGUAUGUGAAGGAGGUGGUAACUUACAUGAUUACUGAUGAUUUGGAGGUGAAGCCAAUGUCCACCAUCUCUAGUAUUGCCAUUCUUAAUAGGUGUGAUGUUAAGGAUAUCGGAGCCUUGGAGGAUAGUGUCGUUCAUUUGGGCACCAAAGAGGGUUUGGAUUUGUUAAGGGCAUCAUUGCAGUCAAAGUCAGUUCUUACCGAUGUCUUCCUUAAGAAGGGGAUUAAGUUUGAAGCAUGUUCAACUUUACCAAAGACUUGCCCAACACAGUGAUUUGUGUCUUCAGAUUGGCUUCAUCAUUUUUUCUUCUUCUUCUUCUUCUUUCUUUGUGCUGUAACCCUUUUAGUUUCUGAGUUGUGGCUGUAAUUUUUGUUGUGUUACUUUCUUGGCA